GGAUCGAUUCACUGAGUGGAGUUUUUCGUCCUAUCGUUUCUUAUAACAGGGAGUUUGAAGCCGAAGGCGAUUGGUCAAAAUGCCAGAGGAGAUGGCGGACGGUGGGAGGAGGCUUGUGACUCUCGACAACCUCAUCGAUGCCCUGGACAAGCGCAAGAGGGCGCCGAGCAAUGUCCCGAAGGCGCUGGUAGGGCUGUCAGACGAGGUCAAGCUGCAGCGGGUCCUGAGGUACGUCCUGCAUAGUCAUCAUCCGGAAGUAACUAAGGUCGUGGAUGUCGUCGGUGGCAGCUGGACAAAGUUCGGGGACCUAACGAGGAGGAAGUACAGGCUGGGGGACGACCUGUUGACCAUGGCCGACUUGGAGGCCAUGAAUAAGGAAGACUUCUCUACCAUUGGGGCGUUCGUGCACGAGUUUAAGAAAAAAGCGAGAAAGGUGCACAAGAUUUCUGAAGAGGCACAGUGUGCCACAUUUUUGGGGCUGCUUACGGGCUCGGAGGCCACAGAGCUGACCAAGUAUGGGGAAGGGAGCGAGAGGCUCACCUGGGCGACCAUUGACAAGGGAGUGGAAGAAGGGAGCGUGGACCAGGUGGAGCAGCACCAAAUGAGGUUGCAAAGGCGCAAGAGGAAGGAGAGGGAUGCUACUGCAUCCGGGACCCCACGGGUGAAAAGGAUCGUCACGGACGUGUUGGCGACAUUGGGGUAUGAUAACGAAGCAGAGAUACAGAAAAGAGGGGUGCUAGUGGCCCAAGGCCGGGCGUCAGGGGCAGUGGAUGAGGAGGCUGGGCAAGAAGACUAUGGCGGAGGGGAGACGGGUUCCCAAGUCCUGACUAAGGCCCAGAGGAAGCAGCGCAAUCUGCUGCAGGGAGGGCAGGGGUCAGGGAAGGGGCAGGCUCCCCAGGCCAUUGUCGCACCACUGCCUGUCGCCGCGGCCGUGCCAGCGCCAGCAGGACCAUCGCAAAUGGGGCCGCCACCAGCUUGUGGGCAUUGGGUGCAACAUUGUCGGUCCGCGCCCUGGCCCAGUUGCAACCACUGUGUCUCGUGUGGACGGAGUCAAGCCCACACGGGACACAUGGUCCCCUACUCGGGCCCAUCAGCAAGUAUGGCCCCCCCGAGCUACCCAUCGACUCAAGGCCAGCCUGGGGCCCAACUGCCGCCCUCCCAACAGGCCUCGCAAGCUAGUGUGGCCGGGGGAGGGGGCCAAGGACAAGGCGGGCAAGGUAAUGGGGGCCGGGGCCAAGGGGGUAGAGGAGGGGGCGGCCAGGGGCGAGGAGGAAAUGGUGGAGGUCGUGGAGGAGGUUGGAGUGGUCAGGGGGGCCAGAACCAAGGUGGCCAAGGCGGCCAAGGAGGGGGCCAAGGGUACGGGAGGCCCCGCUUCGAUUGGCGGAAUGCAACUUGCUGGCAUUGUGGCGAGGUCGCGCAGACUAGGGGCCAAAGUAAGGCUACCGCUAGUCAAGGGCCCAGCCAGGCACCUGGUCGGGUGCCUCCUCGAAAGGACCCUGAGCCUGAACGAAGGAAAGAAGUGGUAGAGGUUCAAGAAGAGGAAGAUGAGGGUGAUGACGAAGAGGAUGAGAGGCUCCGCCAGGAAGAAGAUCGGCGAGCUGAGCAGAGGGCUAAGAAGAGAGGGAUUCAGGGAGGGGCGGAGCCGAGCCUGCACGAUGGCGUGCCGAAAAGGAAGAAGUACGCGGUCCGGCUAGAGGAAGGUUUUGACGUGGAGCAAAUGGUGGAUAAGCUCCUGGAGGGCCACAACGAUUUGAUGAAUCUAAAAGACAUCCUGGCGUCGGCACCAAGGCUCCGUGGUGAGCUGAAAGGGCGGCUCUCGCGGAGGUUAGUCCCCAACGUCCACCUGAGCGCAACUCUACCCAGGGAGAUAGAGUGGACAGAGGCGGGCACCAGGAUGGACUGGAAAUGUGUGGCAUGUGGGUUGGUGGAUCUGAAGGUGAGAGACCAGCCGAGCAUCGCAAUGGUGGACACGAGCGCUGAGAUGAAUAUCAUACGGGAGCGGGACGCGACCAUGUUAGGGCUGGAGGUUAACCAUUCGGACCAUGGUGUGCUGCGUGGCACCAACUGCAAGGCCAUUUUCUGCGGCACCGCGUCUAAUGUGAUAGUGGAGAUCGGGAGGGUAAGGGCGCGAACGUGCUUCUUCGUCAUACCCGAUGUCGACCACCCUAUCUUUCUGGGCAGGUCGUUCCUCUGCCGAACAGAGACCUUGGUCUUCAACAGGCAUGAGGGGACGAUGAUCCUGGCUCUAUCCGAUCCGGCCUGUGGGAAUUACGAAAUUAUUAAGUGCUGGAACACAAGGCCCGGAAGUGCGAGGAACAGACUCAACCUCGGCUCAUUCACCUUCGAGGAGUCUGAGUACGCACGACGAAAACUCCGGGAGGAACAAGAGGAAGAAGGAGCGGGCGAGGUAUUGUCGCUCAGCCUUAACGACGUGAAUAAGGCAAUGGAGGUGGUGGUGGCACAUGAUAUGGCGGACCCUGAAGCUAUAAAGGCAUUGAGGGAGCAGGAUUUGCAACGAUUGAAUGCAGUGACGGUGCGGGACGCGGGAGGAUUGCCGAACGCGGACGCCCUGUCAGAGUCAUGCGCAGGGAGGCCUAUAAUCUCACUUAUAGACCUUUAUUCUGGGUAUGACCAGUUUCCUGUGUACCCGCCAGAUAGGCCGGUGACGGCGAUGCAUACGCCAAGGGGACUAAUCCACAUGAACGUGGCCCCUCAGGGGUGGACUAAUGUGGUGGCGAUGGUGCAAAGGCACAUGAUUAGGGCCAUGCAGACGAUUAGUCCACAUAUUACCCAGCCCUACAUUGACGAUCUGGCGGUCAAGGGUCCAAAGGAGAAGGAGGAAGACGAAGUGAUGCCAGCGGUGAGGCGAUUCGUUUGGAGGCACAUCCAAGAUAUUGAUCAGGUUCUGGGUCUGCUGGAAGAAUACAACCUGACGGCGAGCGCCCCCAAGUCGAAGCAUUGUAUGAGGGAGGCCAUGAUUCUGGGCUUUGUCUGCAACGAGAAGGGGUGGAGGCCAGAUGUGAAGAAGACAGACAAGAUCCUAGAGUGGUCAGUCCCCUUCCAGUCGAUAACGGACGUGAGGAGCUUCCUUGGGACCUGCGGGUUUUGGAGGAGUUUUGUGAAGGACUUCGCCACCAAGACGAAGCAUUUGAGGAAGCUGGUGCGUCAGAAUCAGGAAUGGGUCUGGGGCGAGGACCAGGAAAAGGCUGUGGAGAGGAUGAAGGGAGAAUUCAAGGAAGGAGGCUUAGUGUUGGGAGCGCCAAACUAUGAGGCUACGGAGGAAAAGCCAUUCGUUGUCGAGACGGACGCUGGGCCAACUGCCUUGGGAGGGGUCCUGAUUCAGGCAGGUACGGAUGGGAAGGAGAGGCCGCUAAGGGGGUACGAGCGAAAGGAGGAGUUGGUCCUCAAGCCUUUCCAGGAGGAAGAUCCGUGGGAGAGUAGGGAUGUUGGCUGGAUGAUGAAGUUGGCAUUGGCGGGCACACACAGUCUGGCGGAAGAGGUGAGGACAGUAGAGGAAGGGCCAACCCAGGUAGAGGAGCAUGAGCAAUUAAUGGGAGGGAUGUAUUUGCUCACUAAUACGCUCCUGCAGGGGAAUUUUAAUCAGAGGAGUUCGACCGGCCCUGAGGAGAGCGAACUUCUCAUUCCUGAAAGCCAGGACGACGAGUUCGAAGAGGGAGAGAUCAGGGAGGCCUUCCGCGCUGAGGAGUAUGACGGGAUCUAUCGGGAAUUGGGGUUACUCCUGUCAUGUGAGAUAAGGGAUAGGGAGGCAAGUGCUAAAGCCCAGAAGAUGAGGCAUCUCUACGUAGUAAGAGAUGGUCAUCUGUUUAUAAAGCGACAGGUUGGAAACCCCAAGAGGAUCGUAUGUGGGAGGAACCGGCAGAUCGAUGUUAUAGCAGCCCUACACGAUGGUAUAGCAGGGGGGCACAAAGGGGUUAGUGCCACGUGCGCAAAGAUAAGCGAGCUAUACCAUUGGGACGGAAUGCUGACUAUGGUCAUCAAGUACUGCCAGUCCUGUGUACCUUGCCAGCAGAGGUCAGCGCAAAGGCCUGGGGAGCCUUUGCGCCCCAGGUUGGAAAGGGAAGUGGGCGCAGUCGUACACCUGGACCUGUUGUUUAUGCCACUCGGGGAGGAUGGAAGUAACUAUAUCUUCGAUGCACGGGACAACCUUACCGGGUUCGUGGACGGCCGGGCUAUUCGCACAAAGACUGGCCCGGUUUUAGCAAGGUGCAUCGAAGAUUACUACCUGCGCUAUCCGUUUGUCAGAGAAUUUGUGAUGGACCGGGGGUCUGAAUUCACCUGUAACGAGGUGCGGACCUUACUCGCAGGGUAUGGCGUGGUAGCAAAUUAUACUACUGCCGCACACCCCCAGGCAAACGCUCCUGUGGAGAGGGGGCAUAGCACCAUUACGAAUCUUCUGGCCAAAUGGACUGAGGGGAGGCCUAACCAGUGGCCGAAGUUACUGAGAGCAACAUUCUUCGUGGAAAAUGUUACAGUGAAAAGGACUACCAAGUAUGCGCCGGCCUCUCUAUGGUACGGAAGGCAUGCCACCUUUCCCAUAGAAAGCUUCAUGAAGACGUGGAGGCGCCAAGACCUGGAAGUGAACCUGUCUUUUGAAGAGUUGCUCGAUAUACGGGCGCGGCAGGUGGGAGCCGCUGAGGAAAGGUUACGAGAAGCCGCUGGUCAGGUAGAGAGAAGUCGUAUGGAAGACAAGAUGAGAUGGGACCAGAUAGCCCAAAUAAGGAAGGAUCCGUUGAAGGUUAGAGACGUGGUACUGCUAUAUGACUCCUCGCUGGAAAAGCAAUGGUCUAGGAAGCUCGACAAGCGAUGGCUGGGACCCUAUAGGAUCAUGCGAUGAGGCGAGUUUGGGGCCUACCAAAUUGAAGAGCUGGAUGGGGCCGGGUGGCAGGAUUGGGUAUCAGGGACGAGGCUGAAGAAGUUUGUGGCCAGGGAAUAGGUAAGGGACCAUGAGACCUCGUUAGGAAUAGAGUCUCGCCUAGGUACUACCCUUGUCAGAUGAUUAGAUAGGUGGGUGAUUGGGAUGAAUGGGUGUGGAGUGUAUGUGCGAUCUCCCCGAGCAAAUGGGCUCAAUUGCUGACCCUGCU